CAGUGCAGAGCGCCGAGGGCCAGCAAGACGGGAGCGAAAGGCGGAGAUAGUGUAACCAGGAGGGGAAGCUUUAAGUGAAGGAUCUAAGCUGCAGAUAGUGCCACCAGAAAGGGAAACUGUAUGAAUGAUCCGCGCAGCAUCCCGGAGACAGUUCGCUCUCUGCGCCUAGUGCGUUUCGGCAUGAUCUAAACCCAAACCCAGAAACUGCGUGGACUGCGAACAACAUGCGGAGGGCUGACAUGAGGACCAGCACGCUGCUGUCCGCUUGCAUUUCCAUCUGCUUGCAUUUGGGGGCGCUGCCGCUCGGGGCCAGCGGGCAGUGUGAAGAGACCUCAGAAGGUUCCAGGCUCAAUCUUUCCAUGAAGUAUGUCCUGCCCAGCUUUUCGGCAGACACCCCCAUUCAGAGUCUCGUGGCGUAUGACGGCCAUGUGUACGUGGGAGCAACAAACAGGAUCUACUUGCUGGAUGAAGACUUACAGAAAGUCUCUGAGUACAAGACGGGGCCUGUGAUGGAGGGAAGGUCCUGCUCCCCCUGCCAGGACUGCAGCGAGGAGACCAACACCUCUAUUAGCGGCUUGAAGGACAACGUCAACAUAGCCUUGCUCAUGGAGACUUUUUACGACGAAGAGCUCUUCAGCUGUGGCUCCGCCCACGGUGGAGUCUGCUUCCGGUACGUCCUGGAUGGUGGGCGGCACCCCCCGCAGGUAGAGUGCAUGUACACCCCCAAGGCCAACGGGGGGCAGCAUGGGUGUCCCGACUGCAUCGCCAGCCCUGCCGGGACCCGCAUCCUCAGCAUCGAGAGCGGGGGCGUUGUCAGGUUCUUCGUGGGGAACACAGUGGCGCCCCCUAUGGCUCAUCAUGCCAUCUCCAUCCGGCACAUGAAGGAGACCCAGGACGGCUUCCACUUCUUCUCUAACCAGUCAUACAUGGACCUCGUGCCCCAGCUGCCUGACAGCUUCCUGAUCCGGUACGUGCACGCCUUCCGGAGCGGCCCACACGCCUACUUCCUGACCGUGCAGCCGGAGGACCGCAGCUCCCGCGCAUUCCACACACGCAUCGUGCGCAUGUGUGCCUCCGAGCCCGAGCUGCGCCGCUACGCCGAGCUGCCCUUCGAGUGCAUCCUGACGGAGAAGCGGAGGCGCCGGGCCGCCCGCGUCGAGGUCUUCAACGUCCUGCAGGCUGCCCACGUGGCCCGGCCCGGGCGGGCGCUCCGCGAGGAGAUGGGCCUGGAAGAGGGCGAGGACGUGCUCUUCGCUGCCUUCGCGCGCAGCCGGCCAGACUCUCCGGAAACUUCCCCCAGCUCAGCCGUCUGCAUCAUCCCCAUCCGAGACGUCAACAUCUUCUUCAGGGACUUCAUGCAGAAGUGCCACACGAGGCAGCCGUUCCACUUCAAAGGCUCACAAGAAAAGCGUUGCUUCAACUCGAGCUCCAUGGAUGAGGCCUCCAGUUGCGGGCAGCACGGCGAGGCCUACCAGCUGGAGGUCACCAGCACCAUGACGCGCCUCGACUACUUCAGCGGCCAGUUCAGCAGCGUCCUGAUCACCUCCAUCGCCGUCUUCUCCUUGGGGGAGCAGACCGUGGCCAACCUGGGAACGUCUAAAGGCCGGAUCAUCCAGGUCGUGGUCUCGCGCUCCAGACAGAGAUCUGCCCACGUGAACUUCCAGCUGGACUCCAAACCUGUGUCCCGUGAGCUGGAGCUGCUCUCCACCCAGCAGCCAGGGGGCGCCCUGCUGUUGGUGACAGGAAACAAGCUGACCAAGGUUCCUCUGGAGGGCCCGGGCUGCGAGCCCCUCUCUACCUGCACCUCCUGCCUGCUGGCUCCAGCCUUCAUGGGCUGCGGCUGGUGCCAGGACCACUGCUCCAGGUCCGGGCAGUGCUCCCCCUCACGCUGGACCCGGGAUUCCUGCCCCCCCACUAUAUCCGUGAUCUCCCCAGCUAAUGCCCCCAUCGGAGGGAACACACGCGUCACCAUCUGUGGGAGGGAGUUCGGCUUUAACAAGAGCGAAAGGUUCGACGCCAGUCUCGUGGACGUCCAUAUUGGCGGGAACCCGUGCAAGCUGGACGUGAGAGAGAGCAGCAGCAAUCGGCUCGUUUGCACACCUAGUGCGGCACGAACGCCGCUCAGUAACGGCGUCGUCACGGUGAACAGCGGCGACAGCCAGGCUCACAGAGACGGCUUCUCCUUCGUGGAGCCUAUCAUCACCGAAAUCUUCCCUGACUUCGGGCCCAAAUCCGGGGGAACGAUGCUGACGAUCCGGGGGGAUCAUUUGGACAGUGGGACGCUCAGACAGGUCUCCAUCGGGAACGUCCCAUGCCAGCUGCAGAGCGCCUCCCGCAGCAUGCUGACGUGCAGGACCCCCCCCCACGGCGCCCUGGCCCAGGUCCCUGUCUCGCUUAGCAUCGACUCCGCACUGAGUGAGGCCCCCGGCAUGUUCAGCUACAAUCAGGACCCUUUCAUCGCCCACAUUCAACCGUCGCGCUCCUUCAUCAGCGGGGGCAGCACCCUCUCCGCACACGGAGCCUUCCUGCGCUCGGCGCUGCAGCCCCAGAUGCUCGUCACACCAGCCCACGAGGGGAAGGUGUUCCAAGUGACCUGCGCGCUCAGCGAGGACAAACACGUGAUCCUGUGUACCACACCCUCCUUGAAGGACCUCAAGCUUCAGCCUCCAGUGGUGACCAAGGUCUGCUUCGUCCUGGAUGGCUUCUCGACCAAGCAGUUCAACCUGAUGUACGUGGAGGACCCCAAGUUCGAGGAGUUCGAGAAGCCCACCGUCACCUCGAAAGGCAACAGGAAUAUUUUGGAGAUCAAGGUGCCUCGUGUGGACCAGGAGGCUAUGCGGGGCGAGGUCCUGCGGGUGAGCAACCGCAGCUGUGAGAGCAUCUUCCUGGUGGGGAACACGCUGGAGUGCACCGUCCCGACGGAGCUGAAGACUGCCACCCGGGAGCUGGAGGUGGAGUGGAAGCAGGCGAGCUCCUCCGUGAUUCUGGGGAGGGUGGCACUGGCCCAGGCGCAGGAUUACAGUGGCCUCCUGGGGGGGGUGCUGUCUGUCAGCCUGCUGCUCCUGCUGCUGCUCGCCACCUUCGCCUGGAUGAGGAAGAAGAAGAGAAUCGAGGAUGUGGCGGUGGGAAUGGUCUGGUGCGACGGUCGGGCUCACAUCCCCCACCUGGACAUGCUGGCUAAUGCAAGGAGUAUCAGCCCCACCAACGAGAUGGUUUCCCAUGAGUCAGUGGACUACAGGACUACCUUGCUCGAGGACCAGAGCCCAGCCGCCUCGCAGGCCGAGUCCUGCAGGAUGCCCCUGUAUGCUCACUCAGAGCUGCCAGAGAGUGACCGGGAUGUGGUGAUGCCCCUCAGGCCAGAGGGUGCCCACAUCGACCUGGCAGGGCUUCCCCCUGAGCUCAUGGCUGAGCUGCAGAACGUGGUCAUCGCCUGCGAGGACCUGCUGCUGCACCUCAAUGAGGUCAUUGGGCGAGGACACUUCGGCUGUGUUUUCCAUGGGACUCUGUUGGACAAAAAUAGCCUCAAGCAGCACUGCGCUGUCAAGUCCCUCAACAGGAUCACAGACCUGCAGGAGGUGUCCCAGUUCCUGAGGGAGGGUAUCAUCAUGAAGGACUUCAGCCACCCCAAUGUGCUGUCGCUGCUGGGCAUCUGCCUGCCCCCUCAGGGCUCCCCGCUGGUCGUGCUGCCCUACAUGAAGCACGGGGACCUGUGCAACUUCAUCCGGGACGAGAAGCACAACCCCACGGUCAAAGACCUCAUGGGCUUCGGGCUGCAGGUAGCCAAAGGCAUGGAGUACCUGGCCAGCAAGAAGUUUGUGCACAGAGACCUGGCAGCCAGGAACUGCAUGCUGGAUGAGAGCUACACGGUGAAGGUGGCCGAUUUUGGACUGGCGCGGGACGUCUACGAGAAGGAGUACUACAGCGUGCACAACAAGAGCGGCGUCAAGCUGCCUGUCAAGUGGAUGGCGCUAGAGAGCUUGCAGACACACAAGUUCACCCCCAAGUCAGACGUGUGGUCCUUUGGCGUACUGCUGUGGGAGUUGAUGACCCGUGGAGCCCCUCCUUACUCUGAUGUCAGCUCCUUCGACAUCACCAUGUUUCUCCUGCAGGGGCGCCGUCUGCUGCAGCCAGAAUUCUGCCCCGACUCCCUGUAUAACACCAUGAUUGAGUGCUGGCACCCCAAGCCAGAGCGGCGGCCCACGUUUGCAGAGCUCGUUUCCAGCAUCACUGCAAUUUUCUCCAGUUUUAGUGGAGAGCACUAUGUCCUCCUGAACACGGCGUACGUCAACAUCGAGAAGAUGGCACCAUACCCCUCUCUCAUUUUUCCCCACUGUCAGCUGGAGCGAGAGUGUUGCACUUGAGACGUUCAAGUUCAUGGGGGCGUCAGGAACAGAUCAAACGAAGGUCUCUGCUUGAGAUUUUCGAGGCUUGUGCCAGACGAAUGAAAUAACUACAUUUUCCAGGUGACUGAGAGACGCUGGAGGCGAACCCUGCAAGGAUCAUCGAGGAGCAGAGCGACAGUCAGCCUGUGAGCUUGGAAUGAAUUAUACUCAUGAUUAUUUUCUGCUGAGUUGUCCCAAGAGGAACUGGCACGUCACUGCCAAUAAGAGCAGCCCAUCUGCCAGAGUUGUGUCCUGCACAUCACAUACCACAUUCCAGCUCUGCCUGGUGCUGCUGAAAGCUCUCCUGAGAGCUGUUAUUCAUCAGCAGCUGUUGUUGGCUUGGAGCAGUCAGAGGGCUUAUAUGGACAGGAGAUAUUAGACUGAUAAUGAUCUUCAUGGCAGAGUCAGUGAUCACUAUUAUCAAUCCUUAUCUACCAAACCUGCUACAUAUGGUGUAUUAUACUCCUUGGUUCCUGCUGAACUUUCUGUCUUCUGUCAGGGUCUUCAAGCAUCCAAAGGGCAUGUUCAUUGUUGUGACACAUAUACUGUAGAAUGCAAGUAAUAAUUGUACAAUACAUCUUUAUAUUUUGUGUCAUAAUUUCCAAAGUUCCUUUGAUCUAUUUUUCAUCAUGCUAUUGUAUUUCAAGCAACCUGUUGUGACAUUUCAGACCCUGAUAUCAUGGUGGAUCUGGAGGUUGAUGUCUCCAUGAAGCGGAAGUUUUCAUUUGUAAAUUAAAAUGUGUAAAUAGCAUGAUCUCAUUCAAAGGAAUGAGUAAGAGGUGUCGUUUUACUAUAAAGCAUGAACUAUGGCCAAUGGUAUCAUAGAAAUGGAAGAAGAAUGUUUCUGUUCUAGCAGGUAAUCAGCAUUCUGUGGCUUUGUUAUUGAAGCUUUUUAAACAUCAGUAUGUAGCUGUAGAUGUGCUUGGUACAUAUUCCUGUGUCAUGUGGUCAGUAUGCCUUCAUGUAAUAAAGAUGACUUGUACAAAUAC